UCACAUUGACAAGACCCGUUAGAGCGGCCAUGUUUUUCUUGUUGUGUUCUUUGUAAAAAAAAGCCGCAGGUCAUAAUUUUUGUAGACUGCGGAAUUAGAUUAAAAAAAAAGUAAUUUUAAUGCAAGUGAAUGAAAUGGCGACAACCACCAUCGAAGAGAAUGCUUUUGCAUUAGGAAAGCGAGAUGCACCGGAACAGAUUCAACGGGAUCCUGAGCGUCUCUGGAAGACGCAAUGGCUCACCGAUUAUGCCCAGGACAUAUUUGUGAACAUGAAGGAGGCAGAGAUGCGUCGUCGUCCCAUAUUAUUCAACUCCAUGCAGCUGGAGGAGCGCCCCAAAUUGUUGCAGCUUUGUCAAUUCGCAGCGCAAAAGUACAAACUGAAUCGCGCCUCAGUGCAUUUGGGUAUCUACUAUAUGGAUUGUAUGACCGACUACUACACGAUUUGUAGCGAAAAACUGCAAUUGCUGGCCCUCACAUGUCUUCACAUUGCGGCCCAGAUCGAGGACAACGAUGCGAGUGUGCCGCGCUACAGCGAACUGAACCGCCUGAUACCUGAUUCGUUGUACAACGUUUUCGAAUACAAUGUGGUGGAGCGCAAGGUGCUGGCCAGCCUGAAUUUUGAGCUAAUGCGUCCCACCACGGUCAGCUUUGUGGAGUUUUUUGCUUGCAGCUUUCUCACGCGCAACGACUUCGCCAACAAGGCCAUGCUGGAGAACAAUCCUAGCGAGCAGAACGAUCAAUCGCCAUUGCAGCUGCUGCUCCGCCUGGCAGACUGUACAUUGAGCAUUACAAGUUUUGCAAACGCGCGACCUUCUUUAUUGGCCGCCGCCUGCAUAGGUGCGGUGCGUCAUCUAAGCGGACUCAAGUGCUGGUCACAGUAUCUCUCCAAACUGACAUCUUAUCCGGAACACGAGGUUGAGCCAUUGGUGGGGGAGAUCAUAAAGUACUAUAACUGGCAGCAGAACAGCUCCGUGGCGCUCAAUGCCCUGCCAACAUACGUAAACAUGGGCCCAUCUUCGGCAGAUAUCAUUAAUCCCAAUUGGUCCACACCGGACUCUGGCGUUGGGGAUUCGAUGGUCAUAGUGAAGGAAUCGGUGACCGAGCAGUAUGAUAUAACUACUGUGCCGGUGCAGAAACCUGCUGUUCCAUGGUCCGAUCUAGCUGGAGUUGUUCAAGAAGAGCCGCAGGAACAAGCUGUCUUUUCUCAAGGAGAGCUGCAGAUAGCAGCUGUCUAUUCUCAAGGAGAGCUGCAGGAACAAGCUGUCUUUUCUCAGGGAGAGCUGCAGAUAGCAGCUGUCUAUUCUCAAGGAGAGCUGCAGGAACAAGCUGUCUUUUCUCAGGGAGAGCUGCAGAUAGCAGCUGUCUUUUCUCAAGGAGAGCUGCAGGAACAGACUGACUUACAAUACAAAGAGCAGCCGAAACAGACAACCUUACAGCUGAAUGAAUUAGCAUUAGACUCCAAGGAAAAAGCGAAGAAAUUAGAUAAAGAAGUGAUCAUAAAAGAACUGGAACGUGCUUUCAAGCGUAAGCGUAUAGAUUAUGACUGCCAAGAUGAGCCGCAAGCGAAGCGUCUGACCGACUGACCAAUUUCAAGAUUUUGAUUCGGUAAUCAGGUUUACCGAAGACCAAAACACUCACAAGCUCAAGCGCACUGAAGAUGAUUGCUAAGCAAAUAGGUUUAUAAUUUCAUAGAUGUACCAGAAACACUUACACACUAUUCUUUCAACACAUACCCCACGCGGAUGGGUAUACUUCAAAAUCAUGCUGUUUCUCAUGCGAUAUCCCCAUUCAAUUGUAUUGAACACUCCCAUAUCGUAAUUCAUACACAAAAAUUUC